AUGGAGGGGGAGGCAGACACCGUGCAGGACCUGGUGGUGGUUGGCGCCGGGCCCCACGCGCUCACCUUUCUGUGUUUUCUGUUAGAGCAGGAGCCCAUGGGCGCCGCCCUGGUGGACGCCCACCGCGCCGUCAUCCGCAGCCGGCUGAGCGACCGCGAGCUGCGGGCGAUCAUCGACCGCCGGAGGCGGGCGGGGGCAUCGACGAGGGGAUCGGCGCGGCCGAAGUUGAAGGUGGUGGACCGCCACGGAGGGGAGGGGUGGAUGCGGAACUGGAGGAGGCAGUUCGACGUGCUGAGGAUCGAAAACCUGCGGUCCAACGCCGGGCUGCACCCGGACCCGGUGGACCCGGAGAUGCUGUUCGAGUACGCGAGGGCGCUGGGGCUGUCGAUGGAGGAGGGCUUCGCGCCCAUCACGGGAGUACCCAGGAGCAGGGAGUUCCACGGGCCGUUCCAGGUGCCCACCGCCGCGCUGUUCGCCCGAUUUUGUGACUUUCUGGUGCAGGCGUACCGAUUGGGGGGCGCCCUGGUGGAGGGGGAGGUGGUGGCCAUAGAACAGGUCGAGCUCCGGGAAGGGGGAGGGGAGGACGGGGGGGAUGGCGUUUGCAAUGGUUUCUGCGUCACCCUGGCCAAUGGCACGAUAUUGAAGUCUAGGAUUGUGGUUGCAUCUGUGGGACACGCGAACUUGCGCAAUUUCCCGGACUGGAUCGAUCCAGACAGCGCUCCCGCUGGCAGGAUCAGUCACGCUUGGGAUUUUGUGCACAUUGAGAGGGUCGAAAAACAGAGGUACGGCGGCGAGGUGAUCUUGAUCAUUGGAGGCGGCCAGACGAGCGUGCAGUUGGCGGCCCUCGCCGUCGACCUGGGGGCCAAGAUGGUCGUGCUGCUUGUGAGGAGUGAGCUCAAGGUCAGGCAGUUCGACAGUGACCUGUUGUGGACUGGCCGGUUGCGGUCUGAGAGGCUGAGGGCAUUCUUCAAGGAGGCGCAUAUGGAUGCUCGCCUGGGCAUGAUUGAAGAGGCCAGGCAGGGUGGGACAAUAACGCCCGAGGGAAAGGCAACCCUGGAGUGUCUGGAGGCCCAGGGUCGGUGCCGGGUGAUGGAGGGGGUGGAGGGAUGGGACGCGCAGUGGGUUCCUGAGAAGGGUAGCUUUGACGUGCUACUGAGCGACGAUACUGAGAUGGUGGCUGACCGAAUAUGGGCAGCCACUGGGAGCCGCAUGGACGUGGUGGAGGAAGGCAUCUUUGACCCCAUGAUGACCUCAAGCCCUAUAUCGACUGUGGGUGGCUACCCAGUGUUGCAGCCCGACCUUAGAUGGAAUCCAGGCGUCAAUAUGUAUGUGAUUGGCGCUUACUCUGCGCUGGCAGUGGGCCCAGAUGCGGUGAACCUGUCAGGUGCACGGCGGGCAGGUUUCAAAGUGGCUAAAAGCAUUAAGGAAUGCUGGUCAAGGACCCCGCAGCAGCAUGAACUGUGCACCUGA